AUGAAUUCUCUGAAGGAGCUCUGGGCGAAUUGGGUGAGCCAUUCAAGAUUUAAGGACGAUCCAGGGGAAACAGGCGGCGGAGCAUGGGGCGGAGCAUGGGGCAGAGCAUGGGGCGGAGCAUGGGGCGGAGCAUGGGGCGGAGCAUGGGGCGGAGCAUGGGGCGGAGCAUGGGGCGGAGCAUGGAGCGGAGCAUGGAGCGCAGUUCCUCUUCCGAAUACGGAAGAGGAAACUGCCCGCGUGGCAAAUCUAUUUCAAAGUUGUAAGGAAAAGGCUCUUGUUACAAUUGAAGAAGCUGUAGAACCCAUCGCUUUCUGCGUGCCAGGUGUGAAAAAUAUGGUCAACGAAGCAAAAAAAAAGUACAAUGAUCUCCCAAUGUGUUUUGAAUCUGUGGAUGAAGUAGCCGCAAUCAUACUCUAUACAAUGGAGUCGAAAGUUCGAGAAGAGAGUCUUUAUUACACUUUAAAUCAGAAGCUACGAUCAAAGAAUCUGCAAGAACUGGAACCUUGGCUUCUAUAUCUACGAUUGAUUCUUACUGCACUAGCAAACAUUCCAUCAAGUACUAAAACAGUUUACCGCGGAGUUCCAAAAGACAUAAGAAACGAAUAUCCGGAAGGCAAAAUAUUAUUUUGGUGGGCAUUUAGUUCUUCUACAACCACACUCAAUGCACUGCAAAGUGAAGCAUUUUUGGGAGAAAAAGGUCCGAGAACUAUGUUUGCAAUAGCAUGUCAUAGCGGCAAAGAUAUCCAGAACUAUUCUACCUUUCAGAGAGAAGCUGAAAUACUACUUCCACCUGCAAGACAAUUGAAAGUUACGGGCUUUCUCAAGCAAGGUGCAGAUCUUUAUAUUAUUCAACUGGAAGAAAUUGAAUCGCCAUUUCUUCUUGAUGACUUUGCAACCAAACCCAUAUCUUCAAUCAAACCAAUAGGUAGGAUUCUAAUAAAUUGCAGCUAUUCUUUGCCAUUCCAUUGA